AUGACUUCUAGUUAUGCACAUGUAAUGGACAGGCAAGCCUCGAUAUCGAACCGCCUGGAGAGUCCGAUCACGUCGAACCUGGACAACCUGCAAGCCAAAAAGAACUUCUCGGUCAGCCACCUGUUGGAUCUGGAAGAGGCCGGGGAAAUGGUGGGCAGCCAGGCGGACGAGAGCGUCGGGGAGGCGGGGAGGAGUAUACUGGAGUCCCCGGGGCUGACCAGCGGGAGCGACACCACCCAACAGGAGAGUAAGUGAACCGCAGAGAAAGCGUGAGGAUUCCUGGAGCUGAGAGGAAGAAUUUAACCGUAACUUAAAAAGAAGAAGAAUAUCCAAACUCCCUCCCCUCCUUCACCUCCUUUUCUCCCCCCUCCUCCUCCUCCUCUUCUUCUUCCUCCUCGCUGUGCGCAGAUGUGAGAAUCUCACGCUAUCAGGCUCAAUCUCUGGAAAAUCUCACCCAAACCUCGUCCUAAUGACAGGCUGAGAGUCAUUUGUUUUCAUUAGGUUCUGGCGCGCGUCUCUGCGUCCUGAGCGCAUGAAUGGAGCGGCGCGGCGGCGGCGGCGCAUGGAAGGAAUCCUUUAGUGAGUUUUGGCAAUGCAUCAUCCCUGACGGCCUCCCCCCCUCAAAACGGCCAUUAAUUUACCAUUAACACUUUGAUGUCAGUGAGGUAUGGUGAUGUUGGUGGACAUGGUCAAUGAGGGAACCUGACGAGACAAACUCCGGGGUCGUAAAUCUCUCUUGGCUGAGGCCACGUUCACUGUCCGGCGGGUUUUUGAUCUUUUUAUUGGAGGGGGGAGAAAAAACGUGAUUUAUUUUUAUUUAAGAGAGAGUCGAGACACGUGUGCUGAAGUUUGGUCAACAACGUUUGGACUCAAAAAAUCUAAAGCCUGUUUUUUUCCUCCUCCGAGCGUUCGCGAGAAAGCGGCCGAGUUUGGUGAACCAAGAGGCGGGUACAGAUCUCCGAGCGUCCCGGGGUUUGGAUCUCCAAACUCUCGACCUCGAUCCCUCAAACUCGGACAAACUCGUCGCUCCGUUGAGAGAGUAAAUAAACUCUCCUUCCUCCUCUUUCUCCUCCUCCUUCCUCCUCUUCUUCUUUAAUGAGUGUUUUUGUUAUUUUUUUUAAAAAUCGCUCUGAGUGAAAUUCUGCAGGAGGAAGUGGCUCGGGUCAGGUCGUUAAUUCUCGGUUAUUUUCGUGUCUGUCAAACACUUUCACAAAAACGGAGCGCGGUCGUUUGUCACAAUUAGCGCGCGCGUUUCCGCCGCAACAAUUAACGGGAAAAAAACCCGGAGAAAAACAAACGGAGCUCAUCAGGGCAGGAGCGAGAGAGACGCUGAUUGGUCCAGAUUAAACGGUCAGAUUCAGGGGAAAAUACUCCUGUAUGAAAUUAAAAAAUAUUUUAGAUUCACACAGAAAUAAUCAAGUUUUGACGCCCUAAAGACACAGUUUGUUUUUCCAGGAUUUUCCUGAUAACGUGAACGCAACAGCUGAUUUUGGACUUUUUUUUUUAUUAACCCAAAAAGUACCCGGUAAUUUUCCCAAACAAAACAUGGAGGUGGAAAAACAAUUUAAAGACAUUUUGUUAAAAAAAAAAAUCAAAAAAUAAUUCCUGCUCUGAGUGAGUUGAACCAAACUCCAAACUCUGAUUUAAAAAAUCUGUAAAUGAGAUCUGAGGAUUUUCUGUCAGCAGCAGGAGGAAGAGGAGGGUGAUGAAGGUGAUGAUGAAGGUUCAGAUAAAGUGUUUUAAAAAAAUCAGAUUUAGACCCUCCUAAACUUCAUUCAGGCUGUUGUUUUUAGAUUUAUCCGGAUAAAGAGUCAUCUCAAACAAACUACCAUCACUAUUAAAAAAAAUAGUGUAAGUGUCAAACUGACUGUUUCUGACUAAAUCAUGAAAAUAAAACAUGAAUUAGAUAAAUGUGCUGAACUCAGGGAAGUCAUGAGAAAAUCUGAUUUUUGUUUUAAGCACUUUAAUAAAUCUAAAUCUAGAUUGAAAGUGACUGUUUUUUAUGGAUGAAUUUGGCAUUUUGGACAAAUUAUUAAAUAAACCUUCACAAACCAAAGAAGAGAGAAACUGAGAAGAUUUAAGAGCAAAAAGGAAUUUUUUUUUAAAAUAAAAAAUACUGAAUUAUUGUUGGAGAAAAUAAAGAGGAGAUUUGACAGAAAUACAAAAGCCCUUUUUUAAAAUUUUUAUUCGACAAACACAGCGUAUUAAAAACAGUUUAUUCCUCAGUGAAAUAAAGGUUUAAUUUUUAAGAAAGUGUUAAAAAGAUUUUAAAGAAGUUUGCAGCAGCAGCCCUGAGCCAGUCUGUGGAUUUACUUUGACUGUUCACAAAAAUGAGGAUUUAAACAAAGAGAGUUAAAAAAAAACCUAAUGUAAUAAAAGUCAGAUUUGGAAAAAUGUUUUUUUAAUACAUGUUAAAAUUAAAAUUACAUUUUUGUAAUAGUACAGUGUAAAAAGAGAAAUCUGAAAACGUUCCUGUUCCUGUUUUUGGACUAAAAUCAGGUCUUUAUCGGACCAACCUGAACCUUCUGUAACAGCAGAGCUCAGUCCUCAUCUCUCUGUACUUCACUAUUUUAUUAUUUCAGAUAAACUUUUUUUUGUUCUCCUAGCAAAAACAAUAAAAAUAAAAACAUUAAUAAAGAGUUUUGACCGUUUAACGAACAAACAUCUGAAUUUAAUCGAUCAUAACCGAUGAUCGAUUCUGUCCGCUGAACUGUCUCCAUAAGAGUCUCACUGAACCGGAUCUUAGUCUGGAUCUCCGGACUCUUUCCGGUUCCUCAAACGCACCAUCAAACGGUCGCUCGCGCUAAUGAAGUGCGUCAUGAUUAUGAUUUCAGUCUCGUGCCUGUCAAUCAGCUGUUUUUACAGAGGGGGGGAGUAUGCGGGGUUUCUGGUCGGCCACGUGCGGGAGCUUCACGCGUUUCCAUCCGAGCCUCAGAGAGUCUGAGUCGGCCUCUGCGGGACUCUGGAGUCCGUUUGACCGGAUUAAACCCGAACCGAGAGACGGUUAACCGAGAAACUCCGAGAGGAGACGAAGAGGAGAGGAGGAGUGAUAAUGUUUUUACCGUGAGUUUUCAGGAGUACCUGAACGCACCAUGUUUGAUAACCUCCUUUAGAGGAGAAGUUCAGACACACACAGGUGUGAGGAAGAGGAGAGAAAUGGAGUUUAUGUCUCUAUUUUAGUCCAAACCGGUUAAACUGACGGACUCUAAACUUUAAACUCAAUACAGGAGAAGAAGAAAAUGUUCUUCAAUUAAAAAGUUUUAAAGUUUUUUCCUCAAAGAAUCACAGAAAAAAAUUAAACUUUAAAGAUUUAAAUCAGGAACAAACUGAUUAAAUUAUAAAAUAAUAAAUAUAUUUUUUUAUUUUAUAUUUUAAGAAAAAGGACCAGGACCAGGAAAAGGACUCUCAGAUUAAAUGUUCCUCUAUUUAAAAAAAGGCGUGUUACCUUUUCUUAAAAACAGAGAAAAAACAACACCCCCAAAAAAAUCAUGAAGAUUGCCCAACAAACUCACCGUCAGACUGAGUUUAUCCUGUAGUGUGAAAAUGAUUUAGGGUCUAAAACUGGUGGGUUAAAACAUGAAAUUAUGUUACUGAGGAACAGAAAGAGAAGACUAAAUAAUCUGAAAUUGAGGGUUCAGAGAAAAUCCUAAUCUGUCAGUGAAGAAUAAAAACUGAGCGCUGGUCCUUUAAAAACAUUUCUGAUGUUAAAAUCCUUCAGGGGAAAUAUAUCAUAUAUAUAUUUAUGUUUUUAUGUUUUUACUGUAAAGAGCAGAGGAAGAACAUGUUCAACAUUUAAAGUCUGUUUUUAAAAAAGUUCCUGCUUCAAAUCUGAGAAAAGAUUUAAAAAAAAAAAAGAAGAGAGAUUAAUCCAGUUUUAAUCUGAGAUUGACAGAUGAAGAGAUUAACUCUGAGUUUACUCUCAGCUGGCGUCUGAUUGGAUGAAACUGCAGGGGGUGUGGUCUAAUUAGAUAACAAGGUGACAAAACAAACAUACUGAGUGUUGACACUGAUGAGUGAGUGUGUGUGUGUGUGUGUGUGUGUGUGUGUUAAGCUGCAGUUCAAACACAUUAAGUGAAAAAAAACUCAAAAACUGAGAUGAUUGAGAUUUUCUCAGAUCUUCAAGUAAAAACUUCAGAGGAAACGUGUUUUUUUAUAAGAUCUGAUUUCUUUGUAAUGCUCCUUUAAAGACUCUGACAUCUGAGCGAAAAUAUUCAUGAGGAUAAAAACGGAGAAACAAAAACCGCAGAAGUCUCAUCUGAACUCUAAAACAACGUUUAAACCCAACAUCACAAAAACCUAAACUACACCAGACCAGAACCAGGACCAGGAGGAGGGACAGAGUUGAGAUCAGAGACAGGGAGGUGAAAAUCAGAGGAGAGAGAGAAACACGGAAAUAAAACAGAUUAGAGACGGAGGUAAAAAUAUAAUAUUUUACAAGGGGAUAAAAAUUCAAGUUUUUACUGAAGUUAAAAAAAUCCUCUGAGGUCGUGAUUAAUUUAAAUAAAGAGAAUAAAAUCAGACGAGUAUCUGAUGAAUUUUGGUCCUUUAAAACUUUUUUACAGCCUCGUUUAUUUUUGAUUAUUGCAGAAAUAAAAAAUUCAUCCAGACUGAGUUUGUUUACAGAGAAAACCUGUCCGAGUGUUUUUGGUUUAUGAGAAAAAGAAGAAAAAGUUUAAUAUUUAAUCUGUGAAAAUUUUCUUUAAAUCUGCAGAUUAUUGAAUCGUCCGUCUAAACGAGUCUGAUCACGUUUAUGAAACAACAGCAGAUCUGAUCAAUAAUCAGGUUUAAUCACAUUUAUCUGAUAGAAUAAUAACCUGCAGAGUUUCUACGUUUCUCACAUUUAUCGUUAAUUUACAACUUUAUGAAAAUUAAACCAAAAUAACUCUUCAUAACUUCAUGAUGAUCAAAUAUUUAGACGUCUUUCCUGAGAGUCGCUGAAAUAAAAAAUAAAAAAUCCAGUUUUGAUUUUUACAUUUUUUAAGUUUUGACCUGAUAGAAAAAGUUUGUUAACGUUUGGUUCAAAGUUUGUUAAAUUCAUUAUUUUCCAUGAAAGUCAAACAUGUCAGAAAACAGCGUUAGUGUGUGUGUGAGAGAGAGAGAGAGAGAGAGAGUGUGUGUGUUUGUGUGUGUGUGUGUGUGAGAGAAAGUGUUAUUUAGUGGUCUUGUUGUGGUCCCACAAACACAGACUCUGAUUCUUAGUUUGAGGAUUUUCACGGAGCAGGAAGGUGAAGCUGAUCGUAAAUCCUCAGACACAGUUAGAGAGACUCUUCGUUUGUUUGUUUGUUUGUUUGUUUGUUUGUUUGUUUGUCUCUCUCUCGUCUCCGUCCUCACAGUCGUCUGAUAUUUCCGUCUCUGAGCUGAUGAGUUCAAACACAUUUAUUUAUUUCUUCGUUUUUAACCAUCAAAACUGGGAUUAAAUAAUCUGACAGUUUUAACAUCUGAACAGAGAUGAUGUUGAAUCUUUUCUCUGAUGGUUUCUGUCCAAACAUCGACUCUCGUCUUUAUAGAAAUUCAGAUAUAGACUUAGAUCCACCUCACCAACACACCUGCUGCUGCUCCACAAACCCUCCUCUGAAACCUCUGAAACGCUUUCAACUGAUCCGUUCAGACUGGCGUUUAAUCCAGAUUACUGAGUCCACUUCGGUCUGUCAUGUUUUUUUUUCUCCUCUGUGCUGCUCAGAGAGACUCGGGUUUGGUUUUUAUUUUUACCUCUUUUAUUUCUGUCGCUGUGAAGGACUUUGAGGAUUUUAUCCAAACAAAGAAACGAAUGACUCUUUUUUUUAUUCUCUGUUCAGAUUCAGAUCAUCAACCUGAAACCGACUUCAGCACCAACAGGGACAAAAAGGAGAACAGAGAGUCCAAAGUGAAAUCUAGAGAUCAGGGUCGUGUAUAGUGAGCGGGUGUUCACAGGGAUCAGAUCUGAUCUGGAUCACCACCUGGAGAUAAAAACUCCUUUAAUAAAAGACUCACUUAAAGACGAUGUCUGCAGCUCAGACGACUGUUGGACGUUAAAAAUACAUAAAAUAAUAAAAACGGAAAACUCUGAAAAAGAACAAACUUCUUUUAGAAACUUCGUCUGUUUUCUUCACUUUGGUAGAUGUCCUUCAUCACAGAUCUAAAGUUUGAAGAGUCUAAAAUCAGGAUUUCCUCUGAAUGUCAGCGAACGUUUUUACCACAGAGUCAACAGGCAGAGUGAAAAUCUACUGUAGGUUGAUCUGAUUUGAUUGACGAGAGGUUUUGACCAAUCAGAAUCAAGUAUUUGACAAAGUUAGAUAAUCAGCAGAUGACAAACAGAUUCAGUCUGUAACUCCACUCUGGUGACUCUUCAUGAUCCAAACUUUGACGCGGAUCUUUAUCGGACCGUCUGUAACCCUGAUCGUCGACCUCAGCUCUCGUAAAGGUGAACGGUUUCUUCUUCUUCUUCUCGGUCUCCCUGCAGAUGAACAGAUGAACACGGAGGAGAAGAAGAAGAGGAAGCAGCGCAGGAACAGGACCACCUUCAACAGCAGCCAGCUGCAGGCUCUGGAGCGAGUCUUCGAGAGGACGCACUACCCCGACGCCUUCGUCAGGGAGGACCUGGCCCGCCGUGUCAACCUCACCGAGGCCAGAGUCCAGGUAUGAGCAGCCACACAUCCUCCUCCCCCUUUCAAAAUAAAAGCCCUGAUUUAUCAGACAGGUUCUUCAUUCGAUGGAGGAAAACUCACCAUAAAAGUCACCAGACUGCAAACUAUUCGCAGAAAUAAAGCAGAGGGGCGUUUUUAACGGAGGGUCACAGAAAUAAACCGUAUUUCAUCAACUCAGACACAAUCGAGCGGUUCUUCAGAGGUUUUAGAAACCCCGCAGGACUCAUUAAAGAGUUCAGUUUCAACGUAGAGCCUAUUUUUAUCGUAUUUGGGUUAUAAAAGACUGUUUGAGUUGGCCGAAAACAAACCUGGAGAGGAAACAACAGGCUCAGGUCGUUUUUUUUUUAAAAUGUCCGACAACAUCGAAGAAAAAAAGAAAGAAAGACAGAAAGAAAUCCACCUUUUUUUUUAAACUUCAGAGCUAAAAACAGAUGUUAGAGCUCCUCUCAGAGACACCAGACUUCUUUCACUAAAAUAUCAACUUUAACAUUAAAGUUUCUUAUGAAAAAUGAAUUUGACCUUCUAUUCGGAGUUCUUGUUUUUAACUGAGCUUUUGUUUUUAUCUGUUUUUAUUUCCAUGUGCUGAUGUUCUGUGCUGUACAACUGUUUGUCAAAGUACUUUAUUAACUUCUGUUUUUAAAAUUGAUAUAAAAAUAAAGUUAUAGAUAUUUACUAAAACGUCAACUUUAACUAAAACAUCCGUUUUUAUUUAUCUGCACAGGAGCGGCUUCUUUAGUCGUUUGUGUUUUUGUGUUUUUCACUGAGAUGGAGAUUUACCUGCAGAUGAUUUUGUUGAUGGAGUUUCGGUUUCUCCUGGUUUUUGGUUGUUGCUUGUCGCCUGGGUGGAUGUGAUGAUGCUGUAUGGCGGUCCAGAUGGUGGAGAUGAGGCUGCUCCGCCUCUCUAAGGCGAGGUGUGAUGUCCAGUGAUGUCCUAGCUAUCUCAGGCUUUGGCAUCAGUCGAGGCCGUGAUGAGAUGAGUUUCUGGUGCUGGUCUCUGGUUUUCCUAAAAGUUCGUGGUUGUGUGUCGUCUGUCCAGUCUGGUGUCUUUGGGAAGUCUUCGCAUCCUCUCAGCUGCAGCCUGAGUUUGUAACGUCACCUGAAGGAGAAAACUGUACAUGCAUGUGGGGUCUGAUGGGAAAGUGCACGCCCGCUCAGGUCAGAACAGGAACUUUAGGAGAGGUUCUGGUGCAGACUGAACAUCUUAUUUGCUGAUUUAGUCAGUCUUUAUGUUCAGGUAGAGAGGGUUUCAGACGGAAAGGUUCAACAUCCUCUCAGCUGCGGGGGGAUGCAGCGUCUGCUUGAUUUGUAAAUUAAAUCUGCGUCUCACUCCCUAAAAGAUCAGUCUGCACCUGUUACCGUCUGCUUACUGGCUGUUCUUCUGGUUCUUAAAACAAACUCUCCAUACUGACUCAGAGGUGAACUCAUUAACAGAUUAAUCUGUUUGUUUUUGCUGAAGCGGUAAACUCUCUCCUGGUUAUCGGCUCUGAUGAACCCCCACAAACCGCAGCGUGACUCCUCCCAGAUAAGACCGUGUCAGAAGUGUCGAACAGCCUCUCCUAAAUCACUGCAGAGGGUCUGAGAGUCUGUGAGCGGUUUGAGAGCUGCAUGUGAUCUCUGCUAAAGUGGAUGUAAUGACGUCUAAUUUCCUCGGAGGUUUACAGAUCAGUGAUAAAGAGAAAAUGUGUUCAGCACAUGAGGGAGGGCUGCAGCCGAACGGGAGCUGAGGAAUAUGAAGCAGUAAUUGUCCAAAUGACGUGGAGAUAAAUAAUGAAAUCAGUCAGAGAAAACAGCUGAUCUGUUUUAGACUGUUUUAGCUCCGUGACUCUGAAGACUGAGGAGCAUUUUCACCUUCAAACAAGAACAACAUCCUGGAAAUGUCAGGUACAUUCAGUAUAACAUAUAAACCUCUGAUAUUUAACAAACUCAAAGACGACAGAGACUCAGGCCGGCAACUUUCUAACUGCCUCGUCUUAAAAUCAUAACUAUUUAGAGCAAGUGAGCAAAGAAAUGAAAAAAACAAACUAAAAAAGGAAGGAUAAUAACGGAUAAUUUACUGAUAUCAGCGAAUAAACUCUUUAAACUUUGCAGAAAUGAUUGAAACGUCGAUCCUCGUGUCUGAGAGUCACAGAAAUAUGAUCCCAGUCUUCAUUUUCAGGUUUAUGGAGUUUAUGGGGUGUUACUUUUUACACAGAUUCAUCCUCACAAAUCCACCUCGAAGUUAUAUCCUCUGGGAUUGGCUGUUAGAGCCCACUUAGCUUCCUGGUGGGCGUGUCUGUAACAGAGCAUCGCCUUGAUAGGACGGCAGGACCUGACAUCAUCAUGUUAGGAUCAUGUCUCCGCCUCCCUCCAUGUCCGGUCUGCACCGACCCCUACUUUUUAGUCUGGAGUUUAGGGCUGACAUGGUACCUUUAAGGAGGGGCAGCAGGGACUCAGUCUGAUCUGGAUCAGCGGGUCUUUGAUCUAAAUCCUGUCAGGGUUUCAGUCUCUCUGAGAUCUCCACGUUACUUUAACGGAUCGUCUUCGUUCAUGUUUGAGCGUCCUUCAGCCUGAGUGUGAGGAGCGAACAGGAUUUACUCUUUUAGGAUUUUAAAAAUAUAAAAUAAUAGAAGAAAAAUACAGCGAACACUUUAUUCUUGUUUAAAUCGCGUUAACUUAAAAUGAAUCGAGUCCCGUUUUAGAGUUUCAGUCUUUAAUUUUAGAGAAGAAACAAAUGUUUUUCUUAUUUUUGCAUAUUUCAGCUCACAGCUGAAUAAUAAUCACCUUUUUUAUUUUUUAAUCAUUGUUUUAGACGAUAAGAUGAGCAUAAUUUGCAGGUUUCCUUCAUAUCUCUCCUAAAGUUUGGUGAUAAAUCUGCGAUUAUCUGCUUCAGAAGGUCUUUGCAGGUGUUUCCAAAUACAGACAUGAAAAUAAUAACUGUUCAGAAUCAGGGUUUGACCUUUUUUUUUGUUUGUUUUUGGUUAAAAAAGUAAAAGUUAUGAAAUCUUAUUGUCCUGCUCGGGUGAUGCACCUCCCUCCAUCACAGCAGGAGAAAUUCCUUCAGUGCUGGAGUCAGCAGGCUCCUCUCAGGCUGCGUUCGGUCAUGCCAAACUCCACCAUCAGGUUGUUACAGAGCAAAGCCUGGCAGACAAAACUCAGGGCAACGCCAAUCUGCAUUUUUGUCCUCUGGUUUUCUUCUUUGUGGAUAUUUCCGCCUCACAAACAACAAAACUGUAACUUUAAACCAGUUUUAAAAAGAACUGAAGUUGAUGGAGUUCUCUCUCUCUGACUGCAGACAUGAAGAUAAACUCGUCUGAGUAUUUACUGCAGAUACAAAUACAUCUUUGAGGCCUUUUCUCCGUGUUUCUUCUGACUGUUUUCGCAGUGAGAGUGUUUGUUCUGUGGGCAGAGAGAGUGGGAAAGAGGAAAUGGUGAUGUUGGAGGGAGAGAGGCAGCACAUCUGUGAUUAAUGUGGAGCAGAGCGCGAUGCAGAAAUCCUUUGAUAAAAGAGACUUUGGGCUCAUUCCUGAGGCUGUGCGUCAGCGCGCAGAGAGCCCCCUCCUGAGCGCCCACGGCGUCUAAUAAUGGAUUUGAUUUCACAGCGAGGAACAACGUUAGCACUCCCAGAGUCAAAUCAUCAUCUGUUAGGAAAAGGGAGAGAGAGAGAGAGGGAGAGAGGAGUGUUUGUUCUCAGAGAGGAGGGGGAGAUCUUCAACAGGAGAUGAAGGAUGUGUGUGAGCGGGUUUGAGUUCGGAGAUUUAUCAGGAAAAGUUUCUUAUUUUUGUGGAUUUUUAGUGACAUUAGAGUCGGGAGGGAGAAGCAGACAUGUUUCUCUGUGAAGAGAGAAUGUGAUCAGAAACCAGGACGGCUGAGGUCUCCUGAAAACAGCUGCUCAACAGAUGCUCCCUCUGCAUCAUAAGGCGGGUUUACAUCGACGGCUGCUGAUUGUUGUGACGGAGAGUGAACUCAAGCCGGGAAAUUAUUCAUUAGGUUCAACGAAAGCAGCUCUCCAUUUACAUGUUUACACUCAGGGGUGUAAUCUGGGGGGGCAAUCGAACCUCAGGUAAAAAAUGUAAAGAGCAGAGGUCAGUGAUAUUUACACACACUCUGCUGAUGUUGUAUUUAAGCAGAACAGCCUCCCAGUGUAAAAAAUGUAAACAAAGCACUCUUUUUUAGUGUAUAAUAUAUAAGACAAGAACCUUUUUUAUUCUUCAGGUGUGUAGAAUUUAAACAGAGCGCCCCCUGGUUGCUCUUUUUAUUGUGAAUAAUAUAAAUCAAGUACUCUCCGUUUGCCUAUUUGAUAGAUCACAUGUAAACAAAGUGCCCUUUAUUAAAGUAAAGCAGGCGAUUGCUCUUUAAGUCCAUGAUAUGUAAACAAAGUUCUCCCUGAAUCCCUCCGCAGUAAUUGAAUGUAAACAAAACACCCUUUUUAGUGUAUCAAAUGUAAGGCAAGAACCUUUUUUAUUCUUUGAGUGUAUGAACUGUAAACAGAGCGCCCCCUGGUUGCUCUUUUUGAGUGCAGUGCUCUUGGCUCUCUUCUCUAGUGAAUAGAAUGUAAAGUAAGUCCCCUCAGUUUGCUCAUUUAGUAGAUCAAAUGUAAACAAAGGGCCCUCUGGAUUCUUUUCAGUGUUUAAAAAAAUACAGCCAGUGCUUUUUAGUUUCCGUUUUGGUGUAAAAAAUGUAAACAAAGUCUCCUAUAUCAAAGUAAAACAAGGGCCCCCAAAUUGCUCUUUAGAUCUUGGCUGUAAUAUGUAAACAGAGCGCCCUCAGGUUGCUCUUGUUAGUGUAAAUGAUGUAAUGUGCGCACUUGUCUGUGGUCAUUUCCCAUUAUAAUGAAUGGGAGGCGCAGUUUCUACCAAAACACUCGCUGCAGACAAACUUCAUGUCCUAUUUGAAAAAAGUCUGGACCAUGAGUGAGGGCACAAACACAGCUAUGAUAUAUCGAAAUGCCAGGUUGCUCCUCCUUACGGUGUUGCCUGGAGAGCGAUGCGAUUGAGCCAUUGAGCGAUGGGCAGGGUUAACUUGACUUUUUCUCCUGCCUUGGGGGGGGAUGUGGAUUCCUUUAAGAAUGUGGAUUUUUGGGUCAUCUUUGGCGCCCCCUAGAACGUAAACCGUGGGGUGCAGCGUCAUGAUUUUUACAACUUUGAAUGGCCAUGGGGUGUAGAUUGGCCUGAGUAAAUUUGGUGUCAGUGGGACGAAAGCCUUAGGAGGAGUUAGCCACAUUCCAAUGUGUGCGAAUCGGCAAAAAAUGCAAAAUAGCCCUUUAACCGUACAUUUGACAGAUACGCGCGCAUUGACUUUUUUGUAGAUCUUAUUGAGAUACAUAUGUGUGUCAAUUUUUGUGUCAAUAUGAUAAAGCGUACAGGCGUGACAGUCAAUAGUGUGAAUUUCCACCUUAGGGGACAAGAAAAAAAUGACUUUUUUCUCCUGCCAUGGGGGGGCGCUCUUUUGGGGAGUAAAAAUUCCUUCACAAAUGUGUUGAUGGCUGGACAUUGCAUCAUCCUAGAAAGCUUGGAGGCCAAUGAGGACAAAAAUAAAAAGUUAUAAGACUUUUAAAUAUGUGGAUUUUAGUGUUAUCUUUGGCGCCCCCUAGAACCUAAACCGUGGGGUGCAGCGUCAUGAUUUGAAUAACUUUUAAUGGCCAUGGGGUGUAGAUUGGCCUGAGCAAAUGUGGUGCCGGUGGAACGAAAGCCUUCGGAGGAGUUAGCGAAAUUCCAAUGUGUGCGGAUCGGCAAAAAAUGCGGAAUAACCCUUUAACCGUACAUUUGACAGAUACGCGCGCAUUGACUUUUUCGUAGAGCUUAUUGAGAUACAUGUGUGUGUCAAUUUUUGUGUCAUUUUGCCGAAGCGUACAGGUGUUACACUCAACAAUGUGUAUUUUCACCUUAGGGGACAAGAAAAAAUGGACUUUUUUUCUCCUGCCAUGGGGGGGCGCUCUUUUGGGGAGUAAAAAUUCCUUCACAAAUGUGUUGAUGGCUGGACAUUGCAUCAUCCUAGAAAACUUGGAGGCCAGUGAGGGCAAAAAUAAAAAGUUAUAAGACUUUUAAAUAUGUGGAUCUUAGGGUUAUCUUUGGCGCCCCCUAGAACCUAAACCGUGGGGUGCAGCGUCAUGAUUUGAAUAACUUUUAAUGGCCAUGGGGUGUAGAUUGGCCUGAGCAAAUGUGGUGCCGGUGGAACGAAAGCCUUCGGAGGAGUUAGCGAAAUUCCAAUGUGUGCGGAUCGGCAAAAAAUGCGAAAUAACCCUUUAACCGUACAUUUGACAGAUACGCCCGCACUGACUUUUUUGUAGAUCUUAUAUAGAUACAUGUGUGUGUCAAUUUUUGUGUCAUUUUGACAAAGCGUAAAGGCGUGACAGUCAAUAGUGUGAAUUUUCACCUUAGGGGGCGCUAUGGAGCCAUUUUGCAUUUUCUUGUUUGGGCGACUUCGGAAUAUCAAAUUUUUCACCAGGCCCGGUCGUCCUGCCAAAUUUCAUGAGUUUUCGCCAGUGGGAAGUGGGCCAUUUUCCAGUUCAAAGGGGAGGAAAAAGAAAAAAGAAAGAAAGAAACAAAGAAAAACCACUUGGGGAAUAAUAGGGCCUACGCCCGGCUGCUCUGCAGCUGGCUCGGGCCCUAACAAGGGCCCCCAAAUUGCUCUUUAGAUCUUGGCUGUAAUAUGUAAACAGAGCGCCCUCAGGUUGCUCUUGUUAGUGUAAAUGAUGUAAUGUAUCUACUCUCUGUUUGCUUAUUUGAUAGAUCACAUGUAAACAAAGUGCCCGAUAUUAAAGUAAAGCAAGUAAUAGUCUGUAAUAUGUAAACAAAGUGUCCCCUGAAUCUCCCUACAUUAACUGAAUGUAAACAGAGCGCCCCUCAGGUUGUUGUCUAAUAGGAUAAAAUAAAACAGGGCCCUCCAGUUCAUCUAUUGGUGAAUCAGCUGUAAACAAAGUCCCUUAAUUUCAGAAAAGCAAUGGAAAGUGUCCUUUGUUUACUCUUUUAACAGUUAAAACAUAAAUAAAGUAGUUAAAUGUAAAGAAAGUUCCCUCUGUUUGCUCUUGUUAGUAUGAAAUGUGAAAAUCUGAUCAGGGUAGAAAGGAGAAAACCACUUCGAUCAGCAAAUUUCUAACAUGACGACAAAAGCUGAAAAUGAAAAAUCUUUAAAAGUCAAAUUUCAGACGGACUUAACACGAGUGUAAACUGAGACAAAGACUGAGGAUGGUAUUUGUGGGAUUAUGUGUGAAGAGAGCUGCAUCAUUUUUCAUUAGUUUUACAUUAUUUUACAAAUUAAUCUGCUCAUGUGUAAAAGAGGAGGCGUGUUUUUUUGUGUUUUUGUUCCGCUUAAGUCCUCAGCUCGUCACUGAAAGUUGAACUUUGCAGCAUCUUUCUGUAUUUUCUGAUCCGUUUCUAUAAUUCUGCUCCAUCUUUAUUAAGUUAACUUUGAUGCAGAUGAAACCCUACAGAUCCUCCAUCAGGGACUUAAACAGAAAUAAAUGAACCAAAGUAAAGCAGAGUUUUGUGGUUUCACUGAGCUGCAGAUUAGAGUCUUCACACCGAGAACAAACAGAACAGCUGUCUUUAAAUCUGCGGUGAAAACACGAUUUAUGUGUUUAGAAAUGCACGAGCGAAACUCACAAUGGGAGCCUUUUCACUCCUAAGUUUAUUCAUAAUAAAAUAAGAAUAACUGUAAAAGUGUUAAAACAACACAAUAAAAGUGAAAGAGAGCGGGACAAUAAAACAGUAAAGAGUGCGAGGACUGACGGAGGAGCCAAACAAAACGAGACAUAAAGAGAGGCAGUUAGCUGAACGCAUCAUUAAAGAGCGUUUUUAUACAUUACUGUAAAAUUAUCAUUUAUGUGUUUGAACGUCCCCCUGAAACCUCCGCCGCCGCUGCUGCUGCUGCAGACGUCCACAACAGAAACACGAUCAUCACGGCCUGUUUCAGAGCGCUAUAAACAAAGAAAACGUCUGUUUUUCUGAAUAUAAACUGUGAGUUUGAUUCUGAACAAAGAGCCAAACAUAAGGAGCUGAAGUCGAACAUGUUUAAUGAUCUGUGGAUGGAGCGGACAUGUCUGCAGAGAAACACAAUAACACACACAAAAAAAAACUGGAUCCAAAUCAGAGACUCGGAUCAUUAGUCAGAGGUUUUCCGAGUGAGUUACACAUUACAAACAGAGAAUCUGAAAAUGUAAACACACAACUCUUAAACCUGACAAUCUAAAGACUCACAUGGAUCUAAGUCUGCAGAUAAAUGAGUCAGGAUGAAGUAAAAACUCUUCUUUUUAAUAUUUCUGUGAAGAUCUUUAGGACCAUGUGUGAUCUCCUCACUUCUAUCGUCUUUUCAAACGAAAGUCUCUUCAGUUUUUUCUCAUUUUGGACUUUUAGAUGAAAGAUUUUGUUUUGUUUGUUGAUGUCCUACAUUUGUCUCAUCCCUUCUUUCUUCUUCUCCGCAGGUUUGGUUUCAGAACAGGAGAGCGAAGUUUCGCAGGAACGAGCGCGCCAUGCUGGCCAGCAAAAACGCCUCGCUCCUCAAGUCCUACUCAGGAGACGUGACGGCGGUGGAGCAGCCGAUCGUACCGCGUCCUGCGCCGCGCCCAAACGACUACCUGUCCUGGGGGAGUGCUUCCCCCUACAGGUAAAGAGCCCUCGGCUUUUUCACCCUGAUACUCAACAAACAUGUUCUCUCUGCUUCUGCACUAACAUCUAAACCUCUGCAGCUCAGAGAGGAGGGAGAACUGAAGACAGACAAAAACAGACAAAAACACACGAACAUGAUUUUAAUUAUAUUACAGGAGCUUCAGAGCUGCUUUUGAGUAUUUCUCUGAGUACAUGACAACACAGAAACUGUUGAAAACACUCACAUAAGCGUACUAGAACCAGUAGGGGAUGGUAAUGUGUAACCAGUAUAACCAGUAUAACCAGUAUAACCAGUCCUCAUGCGUAUAGAGCGUCUGUUUGAUUGAUCACCUUUUAUAAACAGUCAUGAUCUUUAAACUGUGAACAGAGAAGUGAAUUAAAUACCACUGAGAGUGACGCCUGAGCAGAAGUGCUGAAAACUGCAGUUCCUCAAGUGUCCACUAGGGGGUGGUUACGAAAGCAUCUCUUUUAUUUCUGUAAAAACUGAAAAUGUUUUUGACUCGAUCGUUUUGAAGGUAAUAAGGUUAAAGGUUCGGUAGUUUAGAGUACGGCCUGACAGAUAUGGAUUUUUUGGGGGCGACGCCGAUACCGAUUAUUAGGGGGGAAAAAAAUCAGUUUAAAUUUUUUUAUUAAGUUAUAAAAAAUAUAUUAACUGUAGAUAUCUACAGUAUACUAUAUACUGCUCUUCACGCCGACAGGAAGACCGACUGAUCAAACUCGGUCCAGAAAAGCGUUUUCAACCACCUACAGGAUAAGUCGGGGAACUUUUCAAAUGGAGGAACAAAAUACGAGUUUUGGCCGAUUACCGAUUAGUCUCAAACGGGCUAAAAUUUUACGAUUUAAUCGGAUCCUACUUUAGAGGCACAGCUUACUUUCCUGACCAGCAGAUCCACUGUACCUGUUAGAGAGAAGGUUAUAGGCUCGUCUUGACUCCGCCUCUUUGCCUGUCAGCAUUUCUAACAUGGCGACUGUUGUGAUAGGCCUCCCUUCAGGAACACAUGGGUGACUUCUCCAAGAUUAUAUUCAUGUAUGAAGUCCACUGUUGUCAGUUAUAUGGUUUAGGGCUGCAGUUGUCUUGUAGGAAAAAAAAAAAGACACUUUGUGAAGAUCAGUGUGCGAACGAAGUCUGAAAGGGAGGAAGGAAAGAAAAGAGGAGAUAAGGGAGUGAAGACAGGAAGGAAAUAAGUCAUAAAUGAGUAAACAAUGACCUGGAAAAAGAGAGAAGGAAGUCAUGGUCAGAAAGUUUCAACAGGACUUUAAAAACAUGAAAAAAAACUGUGAUAACUUUAAUGUACAGAGACAUAAAAUACAAGUAAAUACUCAAAUACUGCAGUAAUACUUGAGUAAUACUUCAGACUGAGAGCUGCAGAACUUUCAAUCACUGCAAGUGUCUCAGUGUUAAAAGCAAAAGCUGAAACCACAAUAACCACAUGUUAACACACACACACACACACACUCUCUUGUGCGUGGGCUCUGCUCUGUUAUUGUUUCAUUUCCUCCUCCUCCUCUACCUGCACAUUCUCCUCAUUCCUCCUCUGAACGUCUUCAUCUCCUCUGAUCCACCUGGAGACUCACCGACCUGCUGCAGCUCAACCUAACGCUGCUUUUUCUGUUAUUCAAUUUAACUUUAUUAACACAACAGACAGAAACAUGAACAGGAGAGUUUCUGCUUCGUCUUUAUUUUCUUUAUAACACUCGAACUCGUCCGGGCGCUCGGCUCGUUGGUCGUUGCUGCAGGUCAUAAAAACAAAAAAGUAAAGAAAGAAACUGGAAAAAAAAAAAUCCUGUUAUAAUGAGUGACCAUAAAACCAAAGCUUUAAAGUAUUUACACCUUUUUUCCUGUAGAAAGAUAUUCAAAGGUUAUUUAAAAAAAAAGUGUGCUACUUACUUAAAACAAACAGUAAUAGAGAAACUUUUUAUCGUUGAUUUAUGUGUCUCCAAAUAUUAUUUUAUCUUUGUUUUCACUUAAAUAACUUUAUUUAUUUAUGAUUUUUCUUCUUUUCAAUACAUUAUUUAUAUUUUUAUAUGAUCAUUUUUAAGACUUAUAUAGUCAAUGUUUACUUUUGUUUAUUUUAUUUCUUUCAUAGUUUUUACAUAUUUAUUUCAAUAUAAAUAAAUAGAUUAUUAUUUUUAUUAUUAGAUUUUUUAAACUUAUUUUAUUUUAUUUGAAAAGUUUUACAUAAUUAUUUUAACAUAAAUUAAUCAAUUUUUUAAUUUUAUUAUUAUCACAUUUUUUAAACUAUUAUUUUAUUUUAUUUCAUAAUUCUUACAUAAUUAUUUUAACAUAAAUUAAAUAAUUUUUUUAUCUUUAUUAGAAGAUUUUUUAAAUAUUAUUUUUGUAUUUUAUCAUUUGCACAUAAUUAUUGUAAUUAUUUUAUUUUGUUUAUUUAAUAAGUUUUUGAAUCAUCUUUUAUUUACCUUUUUAAAAUAAAUAUCACUGUAAAUCUUCAGGUCCAGAUUGCCACAUUACUCUUUAAACCUCCUAACAGGAAGGAAGUGCCAGACUCUGAUUUAAAGGAAUAUUUUGGUUAAAAACUCGACCAAAAUCCUGAUGAAAUAACGUCACUUACUGUAGCUUUAAGUCAAAUAGAUUUAAAAUCAGCAGGUGUCCCUUUAAUAAAUAAAUACAAUGUUUGUUUUUCUCCUCCAUAAAUCAGCGUUUUGUCGUCUCUUUAGAGUCAAACUAUCAUGUUAGAUUUCAGCUCAUAACUGCUGCUGAUAACAACCACAGACCUCACAAUUACAGAUGAUUGCUUUUUACCUUCCAGCGUCAUUAUUGGUUGUAGUGAAAUGCAUCAAAGUGAGAGCAGUUUGAUAAACACAACCAUCUAUUUACAUGCAGAAAUAUUUAUUUCUAAACAUUAGGAACAGUUUUCAUGUGACUAAAAAAUGCAGACGCCUCUUUAAGCAAAACAAAAACACAAAUGUCACAAAGCGUCUUAUGAGGUUUAAUUCAAGCGGAGAAAUCCAAAAUAUGAUUAUUUUAAAUAUUUCACACCAGAAGUUUGACCUGAAAAGCUUGAAAUAAUAAUAAAAAAAUCUAUAAAUAAUUUUUGAAAUAAAUCUGUGUGAGUUUUUGCAGAUUUAUAAAAGACAUGAUGGGGUUUUUUAAAAAUCGUUUUUUUUUGAGGGAAAAAUCUAGUUUGUAAAUUUCUGACCAGAAUUAAAACAGAAAAACUCUCUCCCUCGGAUGUGAAUUUUUUUGCAGGUUUAGCUUUAAAUCGUUGAAACUCUCCAUCACGCCUGGCUCUGAGUUCCUCCUCCCCAUUGUUCGAGCGUUCCCUCUGUCUCUCUGACCUCCCUCCCUCUUUUCCCUGCAGACCUCUCCCCCCCGCACGUCCCUCCGUCCUCUCUCUCUCUCUCCGCACGUAUCUAACUCCAAACUAAUUGUGUUGAAUGAAAACAGCCUUUUCCUCGCCCUCUCUCCCAAAGCUGCGCUCUGUCAGCGCGAGCGGGGGCGGGGCCAGAUCCCGUGACCCUCCUGACGAGGUGAUAAUGUGAAAACAAACCAUAUUAAAUCCACUGUUGACCCCUGUGACCCCUCUGUGCUACACUACACCAGAUAAUGACGGCUACGCAGAGCGGCCGCGCUCGACUGGGCAACAUUUUUUGUGACUCUGGUUACAUUGGUCCUGAUUUACAGUAAUCCUCCGUUAUGAAACUCGGGAUCAAAUGUCCGAGCCUGCGGCCUGCGGCUCAAACUCACUCUGAGGUUCUUCUGGCCGGACGCAGAGCGGCGAGGGGAAAUCUUAUAAAGAGGAGGAGCAGGAAUAAUGCUAUGUGGAAAAAAAAAGGCGAAUGUGGUGCUAACACUUGACUGUAUAUUAUCCUAAAGCUGGUAUCCGAUGCCGGAGGGGGGGCCAGUGCGGGUGCCACAGAAAAUGCUGCCCUCAGAGAACAAGUACGCUUUCACUUUACUACCUUCAUGCUGUGCAGCAGAAAACGCAGCGGUACGCUCCUUUAAAGGAGGAGGGUGCUGCUGCGUUUCUGCUCUUUGUGUACAUUCAUUGUUUUUAUAGAGACUGAUCUAAUUCUGCUUUCUGCUCAAAUGUAAUGAGGUUUGUCGUCUCUGAAGGUCCCUCAGUGUUUUUGCACAAACUGGAAGGUUCAGCUCUUCUUUUUGUCGAAGCGUCGAACCUGAAACAAGAGAAUCCUGGUUUCUAAAUGAUGCACGAUGAAAAUAACUCAUCACAGGGCGUCACGUCUGAGUUUUUAGUUGCAUCUGAAACAUAAAAAUCCGCCUGCUGCACUCAGAUGAAGAACUUUCCAAACAAACUGUUUAUCUUUGCUGUUUUAUAAUAAGCAAAUGCUCAAGGAGGACAAACGCGCACAAGUUGGAAGGUGCAGCUCUUCUUUUUGUUUUUGCACUUUUUUCUCCUGCAGAAUUUGGUCUUUAAUUGUUAAUAGUUGCAGGAAAACAAGUAAAUCAUGGUUUCUAAGUAAUGCACGAUAAGAAAAACUCAUCACAGACUUUUUUUAGUUGCAUUUGAAACAUAAAAAUCCACCUACACUCACAUGAAGAGCUGUCCAAACAAACUGUUUGUCCUGUUUUAAUAAUUAUAAUUAAUUAAUUUUAUUUAUAACACACUUUUACAGGUGCUCUAAGAGGCUUUACAAAAAAACACAAUUUAAAAUACAGAAAAUUUUGAGUAAUUAGACCAACAAAGUAAAAGUUUAAAAAAGACAGAAUAUAAGAAGACGAUAAUAGAAGAGUUCACGGGUUAAAAGGUGUUUUUAGGAGAGAUUUGAGAGUCUGGGGGUCCGACAGUCUCAGGUGGGUUUAGGGAGUGUUUUAUGACCGUAAAUACACAAGGAGGAAAAACUCGCACAAAUUAGAAAAAGAAAUAAACAACUUCUAAAAUGUCGUCUCUGAGAAAACGUCAAAGAGUGAAAAUACAAGCAGCAGAUUUUCUCUGUUGAACAAAAUAAAUUUAAAGUCAAAAUAUCUUCAGAAAAUAGAGGCGGAUCUAAAUUCAUCCUGAGGUUUUUUUUUUUUUUCUGCGUUCAGUUUCAAUGCAGAAAAAGUCACACGUUAUCCAAAAACUCUGACUAAAGGUACAGUGAGUGACGGUUAAAAUCUGAUCAGUGAGACUGCAGGACGAUUCUUCAUCAACAGCAAAAACAGACGAAAAGAAAAGGCAUGUCUUUUUUUGUUUUUUUUGAGGCUCUGCAGAAUAACUUUGGCAUGAACUAAAAACAAAGUCUGCGUGGAUCCACGACGUUUCGGUUAGAAAAACAAACAAGUCAAUCCAUCAUGUGCAGAGAGACAGGAGGCCGCUCAGUGUUCACAGUCUUAAAGAGGAGACAACAGGCGCUGGGUGAGAGGAAAACCAGACCAGAGGAUCCACAAAACGUCCAAAUCAGUGAAUGGAGUCUGUUUAAUGUGAAAAUCUGAAAAGUCUUUGUGCUGAGUGAUAAUCCAGCUCUGACUGAGAGAGAGAGAGAGAGAGAGAGAGAGAGAGAGAGAGAGAGAGAGAGAGAGAGAGAGAGAGAGAGAGAGAGAGAGAGAGAGAGAGAGAGAGAGAGAGAGAGAGAGAGAGAGAGAGAGAGAGAGAGAGGAUCGAUCAGAUCGACUGUACAGACAGAGAGAGAGAGAGAGAGUCAUGUGAGAUUCAGGCUCCAGUUUUUCGCUCUUUCCUCAGAAACAGAUGUGAUCAGGAAACAAGAACAAACCUUUUUUAAAUCUCUGAGCAUGAAGAGAAAACGUCCAGACGAGCCGAACCAUCCGAGGAAAAAUUACUGCUUUUAAUUUAAGGAGCAAAAAGAAGAAACUGGUGAUGAAGAUGAUCUGGGCUUCAUUAGACGACAGUGAGCGCUGUGUUCGAGUUUGAAGAUUAUAUUCUGUCCGCUUCAAACACUGACUCUGUGAAGACCUGAGGUUAUUCUGCAGACUUUAAAACAUCAUCAGCUCAUCAGUAAAUCUGAUGUUCUCUAAAUUACACCUGACGAUGUGCUGAGGCAGAAACUAGAGCAGGUGAGAGCAGCAAACUUGAUGAGGAACCAUCACCGCCAAUUUCCACCUUCAUCCUGAUCGUCUCCUAAAAGGUCGUAUCCUCCGAUCGUAGCUGAUCGUAACCAUUCAAGUUAACGUGUCAAUUUACACCGACUUCUUUGCUGAUCGCAAGAGGUCUAUUUUUUCCGGAGCAUGGCGGAUAAAUUCAGCACAGAUUAACCCGUGCUGGAAAGGAAGUCGGGCACAGACACAAAAUAAAACAUCCGGCUUCUUUUCAAAAUAAAACACUUUCUAGAAGUCUAGAAGUAGAUUUCCUCCUCUGGAAGGACACAAUCUACUGCUUAUAUGUCUAUGUGUCUGUCUUUAUAGAGACAACUCGUUAUCGUGAGAUUGAACGUGAAUCUGCGGGUUCUUGUAAGUUCUCGUGAUUCCUGCUGUCUGGAAUCCGCCGCAAAAUUCGCCUCACGUAGGAUCCGGUAGGAAUUGGCGUACAGCGAAAGUCGCCGCCUUUCUGGAUGGGGUGGAAAUCUCGGGUCGGGGGAACCACCAUGCAAACUAGGCUACGGUUUUCUAUUAAUGAAGCUAAUUUAGUCUGCAAACACUGUAAAACAAAACAAACGGAUUUCUAAUGACAAAGUAAAGUUCUGGAAAGUUCCUCAUCUUAAUCACGUCACAUUAUACACUCGGCCCUGACUGAAGGAAACUAGCCCGAGCUUGCACACUGGUCUUUUCGUAGUCUCCCAUUAAAGGGGUCGGACUGAUUGGUUUCUACUCUGACAUGUGACUCAUAUAACCUCAUACAAAAUAACGCCGUAGGUGUCCUUUAGCCGCUUGACCUGAGCAGGUUUUCCUGAUUUAGUCUUUUCAUCACCUGAUAGUUACGCCCUUUUCUGUCAUCGUUUAGUUUUGUCUGUAUUGUCUGAUUGUUUUGGUUCUGGUUCUGUUUGAGGAUCUCUUCCAAAUUUAGAUGAAACACCUUAAGGGGAUCUUUCUAAUUCUUCUUACAAAGUCAUCGUUGUUAGGUGAUACCUCAGAAGUUCCCCCUCCAGAUUUGGUCGUGAAACACUCAAAACAAGAGUUGGAUUCAUUGUGCAAAAACACUGAAGGGUCUGACGGGGAUCCCUCUGUUUUUAAACCUGGGCUUUUAUUUUGACAUGAUUUUGGGGUCUAGAUGUUUCAGCUACACGAUCAUGAAGAUAUCAGUCCUUUUAAAAGUUCUGGUUUCGUCUCUGACAGGCUCAGAUCGUUGUUCAAGAUGUCUGACAGCAUCACAGAAAAGGUCCGAUCCUUUUUGAAACCAGAGACUCCUGUUAGAUCAGGACAGCUAUGAGGCUCCACUGACAAAAACACUGAAUCUACUCUGCAGAAAUCAGGAGUUGUUGGUCUACUGCAACAUUAGAUGUUGUAAAAACACUGUGUUGGCCUUUAGAUAACUAUUACAAACACAGAAUUCACACAUUUGUUCAGUAAAUGCAUGAAAACGAGGCAGCGGUCGACCAGCAGCUCCUCUGUCCUGCAGAGUAAAAUCAGUGUUUUUUUAAAUGGAGUUUGGUGGCUUUAAGGAGAGCGCAGUAACAGCUGUUUGAGGAGUAAAAACGUCAUAUUAAUCUCUCUCGUUAGCUUUUAUCUCUGCUGGGAUCGUCUCUGUAAUGAUGUCAGACACUUAAAUUAACAGAAACACGAACUUUGAGUCGAUGUUUUGAAACCGUCACGGCUGAUUCUGCUGCAGCGAUCGCCGCCUGUCUGCAGGGCUGCGGUGGAUCAUCAAUCUGAGGAGUUAAAAAACUUGUUUUUGGUGCAUGUUUGAGAUCUGGACCCUGAAAUAUGUUAAAGUCAGACCCCAGGAUUCCUGAUUUGAGACGUGCACGGUCAGGUUUUUGGCUCUGAGCGCCCUCACGUCAGAUUUAAUGUCAAUCCGCUCACAUUAGGUGCGCCGCUCUCUUUGUGUCUUUGCAUAUUUCCACAGCUGCAGCUCAGGCCGAGCUUCAGCUCCCUGUCAGCUUCAGGUGAUGUAACCUUUUCCCCUCCCGCCUCCCCCCCACCCUCUCUUUUUUCUCUCUCAGCGCCAUGGCAACCUACCCACCCACCUGCUCCAACACCAACACGUCCCCGGGAAUGAACAUGGCCAACAGCAUCGCCAACCUGCGGCUCAAAGCCAAGGAGUACAGCUUGAACCAGGUGCCCACGGUCAACUGA